UUUGUUCAAAGAUUACCUCUUACAUAACCGGUGUCACUCCCAUUUAAAUUCACAUAUUAGCAGGACUGCACUUGUUUUGCCUCCAUUUUAGUUGUUGAACUCAGUCAGUACCAAAGUUGGAUUUUUAUGCGCAGCUUUUAAACUCCGGUUUAUGAGGUUAAAAAGAGAAGAUGCAUUACACCCCUGUCACUUUCUUAGCAUGCUUGAGCCUAUUACCUCUAGUGUAUGGAGGUAAAGUGUUGGUAUUUCCAGUAGAUGGAAGUCACUGGGUGAACAUGAACUUCCUUAUCGAAGAAUUACACGCAAGGGGCCACAAUGUGACUGUCUUGAGAUCAUCGAAUAGCUGGUAUAUCAAGGAGGAGUCUCCGUUUUACACUUCAAUAACUGUUUAUGACGACAAUACUAUUUUAGAGUUACUCGACACAUUUACAAAAGAGAUACUGGUUUUCAAACGACAGAAACUGUAUUUCUGGACUCAUCUCAUGCUUACUAUAAAGGCUGGAAAGGUUUUUGAAAAGAUUCAUCUGAGUCUGCUUGCUAUGAUGGGAAACAUAUUUGAAAAUCAAACUUUAAUGGAUUCAAUCCAAGAUGCAAAGUAUGACCUUGUUCUGACGGAUCCAUCUUUUGGAAGUGGAGUGUUCCUGGCCCACCGCCUCGGCUUGCCACUUGUAUUAAAUGCACGUUGGACCAUGCAUGGUGAAGCACACUUUGAUAUAGCUCCUUCACCUCUGUCUUAUGUGCCUGUACCAGGAGUGGAGCUUACGGAUAAAAUGACUUUCAGUCAAAGAGUGCGGAAUGUAAUGACAUACAUUAUUCAACAAACUUUUAAAUCCAGGUUGGUCGUCCCACACUACCACUCCUUCUGUAACAAGUACUUCGGUGAAGAAAUUCAUUACACUUCCAUCCUUCAAAAUGCAGAUAUCUGGCUAAUGAGAAAUGAUUUUAUCUUUGAGUUUCCACGACCCACGAUGCCGAAUGUCAUCUAUAUGGCCGGCUUCCAGUGCAAACCUGCUAAGCCACUUCCAGCUGACCUUGAAGAAUUUGUGAGAAACUCAGGAGAGCACGGCCUCAUUGUAAUGUCUCUAGGGACUUUAUUUAGAUAUCUCCCACAGGACAUCACAGAGGAAAUUGCUGCAGCUUUUGCAAAAUUGCCUCAGAAAAUCAUUUGGAGACACAUUGGACCUCGGCCGGUCAAUAUUGGUAAUAAUACAUUACUUGUGGAGUGGCUACCACAGAACGAUCUACUCGGACAUCCCCACACUAAGGUUUUUAUAACACAUGGAGGUACCAAUGGAAUUCAAGAGGCCAUCUACCAUGGGGUGCCUAUUUUGGGUCUGCCUUUAGUAUUUGAUCAGCCUGACAAUCUGUUCAGAAUGAAGGUUAGAGGCACGGCUAAACUUGUGGAUAUUGCCGAGUUGGACAGGACUGUUUUUCUGCAUGCAUUGGAAGAAGUGCUAUAUAACUCAUCAUAUAAAGAGAACAUGCAGAGACUGUCCAGACUUCACCAUGAUCAGCCAAUGAAACCUCUUGAUCGUGCCGUCUUCUGGAUUGAGUUUGUCAUGAGGAACGGUGGAGCGCCUCAUUUACGAACACAAUCUUUCAGAAUGUCCUGGAUUGCUUAUCACUCCAUAGAUGUUAUUUUUACUCUCCUGAUAAUAUCUGUUAUGUUUUGUUUCCUGAUUUAUAUUUGCAUAAGAUAUUUGUGUUUUAAAACUGUAUUUAGAAAGAAAAAUAAAUCUGAUUAAUGCAACA